CCCUUCCCGUUAACGAUGGCACUGCACGAAUCCACGAAAGAGAACGUCCGCAAGCACCUCGAGGACGUGUCGUUACACAUCGAUUUCAUUUCAUUAUCGGAGUUUUGCCCGCCCGCAAUUCGCGUAUCUUCGUUAUCGCCAAAUCACGCGAGUGGAAAAAUUCAUCGAGUUGGAUCCGCACCCUUCGGCUUCCUACGCACGCACACGGUCUACGCCCUAUAUGCGCUUUUAAGACGCGAGAAACGGCUGCCUUUCUUUAAAAUGGAACGAGCAAUGCGGUAGAUGAGAUCUCCUGAUGAUAACUGGAACAUCACCAAAGAAAUCAUGCAUUUCUCCAACUAUAUCUCAGGAUCAUAGCUUAAAAAAUGGGCUUGCCAAGACGAAAGCUGUACGAAAGGUACAACUACAAGAUGACUUCAAUCCAGAACUGGAGCCACUGCUCCAGGAAGGUCCAAAUCGCUUUGUAAUGUUCCCUAUUCAGUAUCCUGACAUCUGGGAUAUGUACAAAAAAGCUGUAGCCUCCUUUUGGACUAUAGAAGAAGUACCUCUUCACAAGCUGGACAAGAAAGAGUGGGAUGAAAAGCUAAAUUCUGACGAGAAAUAUUUUAUCUCUCAUGUCUUGGCAUUUUUCGCCGCUUCUGACGGUAUUGUUAAUGAAAAUUUAAUUGAAAGAUUCAGUCAGGAAGUGAAAAUCACUGAAGCACGUUGUUUCUACGGCUUUCAAAUUGCCAUAGAAAAUAUCCAUUCUGAGAUGUAUUCUUUGCUCAUUGAAACUUAUAUUUCCAAUCCGAAAGAAAAAGAUUUUCUAUUUAAUGCGAUCGAGACACUUCCUUGUGUGGGGAAGAAGGCCAAUUGGGCAUUAAACUGGAUCAAUCACGAGAGCGCUACAUUUCCUGAACGUAUAAUCGCGUUCGCGGCGGUCGAGGGUAUAUUCUUCAGCGGCAGUUUCGCAGCGAUUUUUUGGCUGAAGAAACGUGGAGUCAUGCCAGGUCUCACCUUUAGCAACGAACUUAUCUCGCGAGACGAAGGAUUACACUGCGAUUUCGCGUGUUUAUUGUUUAAACAUAUUGUACAAAAGCCGUCGUUCGAGCGUGUGAAAUCGAUCAUAAUGGACGCUGUAGAGAUUGAAAAGGAAUUUUUGACGCAGGCGUUGCCGGUUCAACUGAUAGGAAUGAAUUGCACACUCAUGUGUAACUAUAUCGAAUUCGUUGCGGACAGAUUGUUCGUUGCGUUAGGAUUUGAAAAAGUUUACAAUUCAGAGAAUCCAUUCUCGUUCAUGAAUUUCAUCUCCAUGGAGGGCAAGACAAAUUUCUUCGAAAAGAAAGUAGGCGAGUACAAGAAAUUUGGAGUCGUGGAGGAAAGUUCUCAAAAGAAGAACAACAUGUCGAAUAUGGAGUUUGGAGCAAAUUUUUAAUAUAAAGGUUUGACUGUACAAAUAUUAUAAAACAAACAAAAAAUGUUACAUGUGCUCUCCGAAAAUAGUGAAAAAAAGAACUGAUAAUCUCCGUGACUUUGAAAUAAUUUUAUAAUAACGAUAAAUUUUAAUUUAAAAAAAUAUUUUUGACAAGUAUUCGCGAGACGAAAAAAAUGUUUGUAUAGUUUUUAUAGAAAAAAUGUUUGUAUAGUUUUUAUAGAAUAUAUUGUAAAUUGACGGCAUCAAUAAGAAAGAUAUUGUAAACGCAUUUCUGCAUAUUUUCAGUUACAAUCGUAAUUUCUAAAAUGCUAUUUUAUCAAUGGUAUGUU